UCUCGAGAUUCAGUGGAAAGUCUAAUAAAUGAUGUAAAACUGUCCGCUGAAUGCGGGCAAUGUUUGCAUCAUUCCCUCUAUUUAACUCUCGCUUAACUCUGAUCUUGAAACUGGCAACACUGGUUACAGCGCUACCUUGUGGCUAACAAACAACUGAAAAAAUUGUUUACAGGUCAUUAUGAGGGAUCAGUUCGCAGGAAGUCACGGAAAUCACGGAAGUCAAGCAACGUUCACUGGAGUCGCGACUUGAAUGGGUGGCCACUCGAGAAUUUCCAAAAAGAAAUACUUGAGAAUUUCUUUUACGAAAAAUGUUUUUUAAAAUGUUACACAAAUAUUGUUUUGUUCAUUGGAAUUAUGUGGUGUAAUAAUAUUUAUGUGAAUAUUUUGGUAAAAUUCAUAACAUUGCAAUGUUGCUGACAUGUUUCAAUGCAAUAUUUCAAAAAGUGGACAUCUCAAUGUUGCUACAAUCUUCCAGCAAUGUUGCAGCAAUGUUUCGCAAUCAAAAUGCAAUAUUACAAUGUUUCAAUGAAAUCAUUCUGCAAUGUUCCUGCAAUCUCUCUGUGCUGUAUGGAAUAUUUGUAGCAUUGAUGUUGUUUGUAUUAUAUUGCAAAAACGUUAAAAAUUCAAUACUUGCUAAACGCUUAAAUACUGCCUCACUGCUGUUGUUACCAAGUAUACCUAAUAAAACUUUCGAUCAUAGUGUUCUGUCUUUUAGUCGAGAGACCGAAACAGGUCUCUGAACUAAAAUUUUUGUCUUUUAAAACACCAGUUAGAAAUUUCAUAACAUCUGACUCUUCUGCAUUAAGAUUUUUUUUAUCUUGCGUGUCGUCAUCACUAAUGUUUGUAUUGGACAUUUUAUUGAGCUUCGCAAAAUUAAGAUUUCAUAUCUAUUGCGCAGUGAGAAAAAUCUCAAAUUCUCGUUCCAAAGUUUGUUUGACUUCUACGAUCAUCAUAGAGUCCAUUUCUAAUUCGGCCAGAGAUGUAUGUAUAUCGCACGGAGGCAGUCUAGGGUAAUCUGAUUAAGUUCAGUCAUAUGGCAAAUGUUGCGACGCCGAAUGUGCGGCACUUAGGUAAACCACGGAUUUAGAACCCUUGUAGAAAAAUACUAUUGAGCACUACUGCACUGCAGGAGAGUAAUAAUGUUGCAAUGUUGCAGUGCAGUAAUAUAAUGGUAGUGCCUCAAAAUACUACUAGUAUUUUUCUACAAAGGAACGUUUAAUUACUUCAAGGUCAGAUAGUGUUGUAGAAGUAAGAUAGAUAGGUGGCGCCGGAUGAAAUAUAGUUAGUGCGUGCGUGAGUGUGAGCACGAGGCACUGAACUGUUUUAGCUUUUGGACACGCUCUACGUUGACAUCACUUAUGUAUAAUUGUUUAAUAUAAUUAUAAACUUAAUAUCAGUCUAUAUCAGUCUUGUUUAUUGUUAAACAUAUACUAGUAUACACUACACAACAUGGCGCAGUCGUUAAGUCAAUAAUAGUACUGAUAGCCAGCAAAACAGAGAAUAAAAUCGUAUUCACGACGAAAGGUUAGGAGAGUCGUAUGUAAACGCGAUCCCCGCAGCUAAGAUGGAAACAAAAAUUCCAGCACCACUGGAAUUCAGUGGAAAUAUCGCAGAGAACUAUAAAAAGUUCAAGCAGAGAGUCGAUAUUUACAUGACAGCAAAUGAUUUCCAUAAAAAGAGUGAAGAGGUUAAGGUUGCAAUAUUUCUAAAUACGAUUGGCGAGGAAGGAAUUGAUAUAUUCAACAACUUCCAACUUAGUGAAGUGGAUCAGAAAAAAUAUGAUCUGGUAGUUAAAAAAUUCGAUGAGUACUUUCUCCCGAAGAAAAACGUAGUAUAUGAAAGCUUCUUAUUUUACAAAAAAGUUCAAGAAUCAAAUGAACCAGUAGACAAUUUCGUGAAGGAAUUGAAGAAACUGGCACGAAAUUGUGAGUUUCCAGAUGAGCAAGAUAUGAUCCGGGACAGGCUAGUACUAGGUAUUGCUGACACAACAGUACAAGAGAAGCUACUAAGUGUAACAGACUUAAAGUUAGAAAAAGCAAUAGAAACAGCCAGAGCCAAGGAGAUGUUAAAAGAAAGGAUCAAAACUAUGCAAAAUGAGAAGAUAGUUGAGAAAAUUGAGAAAAAUCAACCGGUGAAAGCUAAAGGAAACAGGAGGAUUAAUUACAAACCUCAAGAAAAGAAAGAAGAUCUUGGAACGGAGAAAGAGUUUCAGUGCAGAAGAUGCACUAGGAAGCAUGGACCGAGGGAAUGCCCAGCAUUUGGACGAAGAUGCAACAAAUGUGGAAAAGUAAAUCACUUUGAAGCGUCUUGCAGACUAAAAGGAAUACAGGAGAUUGAAGAUAAAGAAGAGGAGGAGAUACUUGCGAUCAAAUCACUGAAUAUUGUAAGGAGCAAAAUACAUCAAAUGACUGUAUCGGCUUGGUUAGAAAAUAUAGAGAUAGAGAAUAAAAUUAUUAAAUUUAAGAUAGAUACCGGAGCGCAAGUAAACAUUCUGCCAGAUAAAGUGUUCAAUAGUCUUAAUAAAAAGAAUAUUCUAAUAGAAAAAACAAAUGUUAUACUUGAAGCUUAUAGAGGGCACAAAUUUAAACCAUUGGGUAAAGUUUGGUUAAGUUGUAAAUUAAAAAACUGUGUAAAGAAACAAGAAUUCAUAUUGUUAAAAAUGAAAGAGUACCGUUGUUGGGUCUAAAGUCGUGUAUAGAUUUAGGAUUACUAAAGAAAAUUGAAACAAUUUCAGUAUUAGAAAAUAAAGAAGAAUUCAUUAAAAAGAACAAAGAUUUAUUUUCAGGAAUAGGAACUUUUAAAGAAAAAUGCAAAAUUGUGCUAAAA